CCAAGAGACGAUCUCUGCCUGGUAUUUGCUUUUCUGUCUAAAAGCAGCGCAAACCCGCAGAGGCGAGCGGAACGCACGGAGCGGAGGACGCCGACGAAAAACGUCUGGAAAUAUAGAUUUCUCCCCUAAUAACGGAGGGAGGGAGGCUGGAGCGAGCUCGAACCGGUCUUACAGGAUGAAAUAACGCGGGAGAAAAGGUUCGAAACAUCCAGGAGAGAGUAAAGACUCAGGAAGAAAGGUGAUCCUUCAGAGGGUGCACAGUCUUGGAAGGUGCCGUUUGGUCCUCGAGGGCUCCUGAGAAAACUUUCAUCAGUCAUGAUGUUGGUUUGAUCUGACUUCUACACUACGCUUCCCAUGGAGCCGUGUACUGAGAGGCACAUUAUUCCACCAUGGAUUCAACAGUCAGAGUUUUGGACCCACAGAGCCUGUGAGACCCAGGAGGACCUGUUUUUGUGAUAUUGCCCUUCAUCCCAUUACCUCCACCCUCUCCUUGCCUCUAUCUGGAGCUCCUCCCUGCUCCUCAGACUCCUGCCGUGGAACAAUAACACUAUCUCCUCCAGGCCCAGACCGGCUCAUCAGAAGCUCUCGUUGACGGUGUGGGACCCGCUCGGGUCUGUCCGGGCCUGCUGCAGGAUGCCAGGUCUACCGGUCUGCGUGGCGGUGACGGCCGUCGCUCUGCUGCUGUCCCUCGGAACUGACGCUGCAGGUCAGAACCCGGACCACGUCCUGCAGGGGACGGGGGUGAAACCCGAGGCCCGGCGCCCUGGCGACGGUCCCACCAUCGCACCCGAGGACCUCCCUCGAUCCCUCAGCUGCUACUGCUCGGGUCACUGCCCCGACGACGCCAUCAACAACACCUGCCAGACGAAUGGUCAGUGCUUCGCCAUCAUCGAGCAGGACGAGCACGGAGAGGUGCAGCUCACCUCCGGCUGCAUGAAGUAUGAAGGCUCUCACUUCCAGUGCAAGGACUCCCCCAACGCUCAGACCAGGAGGACCAUCGAGUGCUGCAACACAGACUUGUGCAACAGAGACCUGCAGCCCACGCUGCCCCCGCUGGCCCCCACCGAGCGAAGCCCCCACUGGCUGGCCUUCCUGAUCUCCAUGACGGUCUGCUGUUGCACGCUGAUCUGCGUCACCGUGGUUUACUACUACAGGUAUAAGUUUAAGAGCGACCGGCAGCGGUAUCAUAAGAACCAUAAGGACCAGGAGCAUGAUGUCUUCAUCCGGGAGGGCGAGUCGCUCAGAGACCUCAUUCAUCAGUCUCAGAGCUCAGGCAGCGGCUCAGGGCUCCCUCUGCUGGUGCAGCGGACCAUCGCCAAGCAGAUCCAGAUGGUGCGUCAGAUCGGAAAAGGGCGGUACGGCGAGGUGUGGCUGGGCCGCUGGAGGGGCGAGAAGGUCGCCGUCAAAGUCUUCUUCACCCGAGAGGAAGCCAGCUGGUUCAGGGAGACGGAGAUCUACCAAACGGUCCUGAUGAGGCAUGAGAACAUCCUCGGCUUCAUCGCGGCGGACAUUAAGGGCACGGGCGCCUUCACACAGCUCUUCCUCAUCACCGACUACCACGAGAACGGCUCGCUGUACGACUUCCUGAAGCUGACCACGCUGGACACGCAGGCGCUGCUGCGGCUCGCCUACUCGGCCGCCUGCGGCCUCUGCCACCUGCACACGGAGAUCUACGGCACGCAGGGCAAGCCGGCCAUCGCCCACCGCGACCUGAAGAGCAAGAACAUCCUGAUCAAGAAGAACGGCUCCUGCUGCAUCGCCGACCUCGGCCUCGCCGUCAAGUUCAACAGUGACACGAACGAGGUGGACAUCCCCCUGAGCACCCGGGUGGGGACGAGACGCUACAUGGCCCCUGAGGUCCUCGACGAGAGCCUCAACAAGAACCACUUCCAGGCCUACAUCAUGGCCGACAUGUACAGCUUCGGACUCAUCGUCUGGGAGAUGACCCGACGCUGUGUCACCGGGGGUAUCGUGGAGGACUACCAGCUGCCGUACUAUGACAUGGUGCCCUCUGACCCCUCCUAUGAGGACAUGCUGGAGGUGGUGUGUGUUAAGGGCCUGCGGCCGACGGUGUCUAACCGCUGGAACAGCGACGAGUGCCUCCGGGCCAUGCUGAAGCUGAUGUCAGAGUGCUGGGCUCAUAACCCCGCCUCCCGCCUCACCAUCCUCAGAGUGAAGAAGACGCUCGCCAAGAUGGUGGAGUCCCAGGACAUCAAGAUCUGACCCCACCCUCCUCCAGACUCACCUCAACCUCCGCCCCGGACCGCCUCUUCAUCAGGGGGAUGAAGGGGAGGAGCUAAAAGAGCAAAGGACCCAUCUCAGGGCUGAACUGUGUCUCCUCCUCUUCCUCCUCCUUUCUCUGCGCCAAGCGACUUGAAGUUUGACGCUUUCUGUGAAAGCCAAACAAAAGAUACAGACGACUUCCUGUGGAGGGGCGAGGAGGGGGGCGGGGCUUUCAUUCCUCAUGAAUGAACUGAGUUUUGUUUUUGUUUUUUUUGUUCCUUUGAGGACCCACCUCGCCGAGCUUCCUCCACCUCUGCCUGUUUGAAAAUGUUUUCUUUGUUUCUGUUCAGGACUGAGUUCUCCUGCCGUAUUAAGAUAUCAUCUCCACGCUUAGUUGAAUAUAAGCAGAAUAAGGUACUAUAAUAACAUGUGAAUUUAAAUGUGUAAAUAAACGUUAUCUUUAGAUGCCGUGCCUGCUCGUGAGAGGAGUUCAAACCAGAACACUAUGCUGCAGUGGUGUUGACGUCCGGCCGACUCCUCGGAGACACCGGCGGGAGGUCGCGGGGUCAGCACGGAGACGUCUGCCGUCCUGUUCGUCUGUCUGUCUGAUGAAAUUUAAAAAAAAUAAAACAAAGUGGCGCCAAACCUGAAGAAGACCUUCACGAAAAUCUCAGCGACGUAACCGCUUUGAAAGGGGACUUAUUCUGCUCAGAGUGGCUUAGUAUGAUUAGCCCUUUGAAAUAAUCCUCAUUUGUCUCACAAAGCCCCUCAGCUCAUCCUCUGUGAAGCUCACUUUCUUCUAAUUGGCCAGCUUCCGGAAGCCAGCAAAGGGGCAGGACAUUAUGUUCGAGAUCUCCUCCACCUCUUGCUGACAUAGAUGAACUGUAAAUCUGGUUAAUUUUAUUUUUAAAGUAAUCCAGUUUUAUGGGAUAUUUGCCCUUUUUAAGGCCCACCUCCCAAAGCCUGACUUUAUUCUGAUUGGCCAGGUUCUCGAAGACUGCCGAGGGGUCGCUGUAUCACUCCUUGUUAAUAGCAGUGUAACAAAUUUGACUGCAGUUCAUCUACAGGGCGAUUGUGAGCCAUCGGGGUUGAAUUAUAUUUAAGACUUUGUAUUUCAUUCACUCUGGACCAACCCUAGAGCGCCCCCUGUGGAACAGGAAGUCCACAGAGGGGGCGUUGUUGAGGUUUGGACUCAAAUGGAUUAUUUUUACAUAAGUUUACCUCAUCAUAUGAAACUGCAUACAGUCAGUUUGAUUGUUAUGCGAGUCAAAAACUAAGAAAGCAGAACAGGUCCCCUUCAAGCUGAUUGGCGUAUUUCUGGUGAGUUUGCUUUAAUCAUUAGGAAUAUUUGGGAAACUGGUUCUGGAUGUUUUUAGCCUAGCUUAGCACAAAGACUGGAACCUCGCCUCAUACCAACUCUGGAUGUGUUUAAUCGGGUUUCUCGGACACACGUAGAAAUUAAAAUGUAAGAAUUGCUGUUUAAGCAGCGGGUGCCACUAAGCUAACAGUUUGUGCUAAGCUAGGCUACAGUCGCUGUGAGCGGUUUCGUGUCGGCGGUAAUGGGUUCGCCGUGCAUGUUGGCUGCGCGUGAAUGAGGCUAACGUUCGUACAGCAGCUAUUUAAGCAGUAACCUUAGUGUGUCUGUAAUUAAAGUUCACUAUAGAAAUAAUCUCGAAUAUGUAAAUGUCUUUUUGUUUCCUGCUGUUGGUGUUUUGUACAGCAUCUGGUAUGGUGCCUUAUGAGUUUACCAACGAAAUGAAAACUCUGUAUACAGUCUGUCCAAUGUACCGAUUUUUAAGUAAAUACUCUUAUUUUAGUACACAAA